UAUUAAUUUAGUCAGCCGUGAGCAACGAAAUGUGAAAAUAUUUUGUGCGAUUACGAACAUACAGUUUGUGAAUUGAAUGAAUAAAGUCACCUUCUCAUCAAAAAGUCCUUAAAGAGCACGAAUCACCGAAGUGAAAAGGACCCCUGAUGAUUGCUGACUCCUAUUAUAAUAACGAAAACAUUUAGAAUUCUAAUAGUGAACUAUUAUUAUAGUGAAAAAAUUUAGAAUUGUAAAAACAUCGCGGUUGUUCUAUUAAGUAUAGAAUUUUACUACCUACGCCGAAAACGUCGCAUACAUAUUAAUGAAUCAAUAAAAUUAACAGAUUAUACUUUUCUUAAAAAUCUAAUGUUAGCUAGCAAAAGUUAAUACAUAUCCGAAGCAGUCAAAAAUUAUUACGCGAAUCUUACAAAAUUACGCAUUCCCGAAACCUACGAAAGUAUUUAUUAUAGAAUUUUUCCAGAGACGUCUUUGUUAUAUUUACUACGCACGUCAUCAAAAAAUGUAAUUCGCAUGGAAUAGAUAUCAAUUAAUAUUAACCGAAGUUACAAAUAUCAUUGCCCUACUUCACUGCCGGUACUGAGAACGUGAUAAUUAAUAUAUAAAUUACAUUGAGAAAUAUUUCAUACGUUGAAGUCAACAUUUUCUCUUAAAAAUUUAGAAAUAUAAAUAUAAAUGCGACGUCGUAACAGAUACGUCUACAUUGAAAUACAUAAGUAUCGUUUAUCUACGACGAAGUGAUGUUCAUAAAUACGUUAAAGCUAUUUAAAGAAAAUCAAACUCGUUUUACGCAGUUUAUUUUCAUGUGAAACGAUAUUUAGAUUUCUAAUGAAGGAGAUCUGCAUUUUAAAGUCGCAUAUAUUAAUUUCCUUUUAUCUAAGAGAAAAUAGCAUCGACACUGAUAUGUUAUACAACUAUGAAUAUUUCUCAAAGUAAUAUUAACUCAGAUUAACGAUACGUAUGAUCUUUCCUUCAUUAAUACAUAAAUCUUUCUAUCAUUCUAUCUUAUUGUAAGACAUUUGUAGCAUAUAAUGAUGCGAAUACUUCGAAGCUUUCGUGCACUUAUAUAUUUUAAAAUAAUUUCCGAAUUCUCGUCCCUCCUGGUGAAUGCUGUCGAUCAACGAUCUUAUUGUUAAUAUAAAAUAUCCAGUCUCGAGCCAUGUGUCUCAUAAUAAUUAUCCUAAAUUUAGAAUGGUUUAGGCAAUCAAUUAUUCCGAAUAAAAUAAUAAUACUUACAAAAUUUACUACAUUUUGGGAUAUUUACGUUUGUACAUACUUGCAUUUUUUUUCUUUACUUUAGCUUCGUGUAAUCGACUUUUCAUGUUUUAUAGAUUUUCUAAAUUAUUUUAAUCUUCGAUCAAUCAUUAAUAUUUGAUUAAAACAAUUGUGCUAAAAUAUCUUGACGACAUCAACAUUCCUUGUAAGAAAUUAACAAUGCAUGCAUCAUAUUCAUUGCUGUAAAUGUAUUAUUAAAAUAGAAAAUUUACUUCAAUUUUUUUUAUUAGUAGAUAUUGUGGUACUUACCGUUCAAUCACUUCAAUGAAAUGUUACAAUUUUGAAAUAUUAAAAUGAACGCUUAUUCUAUCUUUUCUCUUGUCAUAUUGAAGUGACUUCCAUCACUGAAAAGACGAGACUGGCAAUCAAAUAAUGCCGUCAGUAUAAUUCUGUCAUCUAGCUUGUUGAUAUUGGAUUCUCAGUACCAAGCAACGACAACUUGUACAAUGAUUAGUAUUCAUAAGAACUCAUAUUUACACAGAAGAAACACACGGAAUUUACGACUCUCAUUCAAUACCAGAUAAUAACAUAAGCACACUAAAUAUUCAAAGCACGUUAAAAUGAUUAAUGAUCCUUAUAUUACAACUGAUUAUAUGAUAUAUUUAUUUAAAUAUGAUUCUACUCACGGCACUUAUCCUUUAAAAUUGGAAUGUGAAAACGGACAUAUUAUUGUUGCAGAUAAAAAGAUUGCUACAUCACAAGAAAAAAAUCCAAGCAAAAUAAGAUGGAAAGAUGCAGGCGUUAUUUAUGUAAUUGAAGCUACUGGAGUAUUUAAUACAUUGGACAAAGCAGGUUUACACAUGGAUGGUGGAGCUAAAAGGGUUAUUAUUACUGCACCUUCUGUUGAUGCACCGAUGAUAGUUUAUGGUAUAAAUCAUACAUGUUAUGAUCCAAUAGCAAGUAAAAUAGUAUCAGCUGCUUCUUGCACAACAAAUUGUGCAGCUCCAAUUAUACAAGUUAUGCAUGAUAACUUUGAAGUUAUUGAGGUCAUGAUCACUAGUGUACAUGCUUUAACGCCAUCACAAAGAAUUCUAGAUGGUCCUAUAGAAAGAGGAAAGUUAUGGAGAGAUGGAAGAGGUGCUGUGCAAAACAUUAUUCCAACAUCUUCGGGUGCAGCUAAAUCAUUGGACAAAAUUAUCCCUGAACUCAAAGGGAAGAUUUCUGCAAUAGCUUUCAGAGUACCAGUCUCAAAUGUUUCAUUAUGCGACAUGACUUUCAGAGUGAAUAAACCGACAACAUAUGAAGAAAUAAAGGAAGCAAUGCAGAUUGCAUCAGAAAAUACUCUAAAAAAUAUUCUUGGUUAUACAGAUGAUGACUGUGUAUCAUCUGAUUUCAACAAUACAAGUUAUUCAUGUAUAUUUGAUGCGAAAGCUGGUAUUCCACAAACAAGUACAUUCAUCAAAGUUGUUGCCUGGUAUGACAAUGAAUAUGGUUAUGCUCACCGUGUAGUAGAUCUCGUAGAGUACAUGUUUCAAGUUGAUUCUGGGGAAGUACCUGCACGAAAUCAACACAAAGAUGGUUUGCCUGAUGAUAAUCAGACAAACAUUUAACACAUACAUAAAUUGUAUAAUGACACUUCGAGAUUCACAUUUGUGUAAUGUUUAGAAGGAGAUUAUGAAAGAUUGAAAAACUUAUAUGAAUCUACAUUGCUAUAAAGAUAUUAAAUAUAUAACAUUAUAUUGAAAGGAUACAGUCUUACUAUUUUACAUACAAAGUGCAGUUACAUACAAAAGAUUUAUAGUGUUUAAAGCAUCAAUGUCUAGCAUCAUAAAUGGGUUAUUGAAUAAUGAAAAUCUGUAUAAAAAAGACGAGAUUUUAUAUUUUUAAAUCUAUAUACAUUGUUGACAGAAUAUUGUAUUUAUUUGUUUAAUUUUGUAUAAAUGUAAUAUACAUAUAUAGUUUUUGUUGAUAGAUUGUAGUGUUUAUUAAAUUUGUAUACGUAGAGUAGACCCUUCAGUAACCCAUUGUUUUGUCUGUACGAUACAGAUCAUUUUGGAAUAGUUUAAUAACUUCACUGUAAGACUCCUUGAUAUUAAAAGCACGUUUUAUUUAUAUAUAUUUACAUUUAAAAAACUGCAUUUGAUAUUAUAAAUACUUAUAUUUAAAUAAAUAUGUUUCAAUUAUAUCAGCUUCUCUUACAUUUCUUUUUAAAAUGACAGUUUUAAAUGAUAAUUAUAAUUGAUAAGAAAUACAUUGGUAAUAGUGUACUACAAAUGUUGGAGUAUCUCAAAUAAACAAUACUUCAGCAACAAGUUAAUUUAAAAAUUUCAAUUUAGAAUUACACAAAUCACAGAGGACAUUUGUUAAUGUUAAUGUAAAUAAAAUAUUUUUCAGAAUUU